UCGAGGCAGGAAAGAAGCAAGUGAGAGGGUGCAGUCUGGCGCCUGCCGACUGUGCAUCUAGCAGGUCUCGUAGACUGAAGUCCUAUCCUUCAGAAAAAAAACGGGAAGGCCGCGCACAGAUCGCUUUGGGUUUCAAUAGCCGCGCAUGAGCUUUAGCGGGAUUAAACCGACCAAGAUCACGGGAGGCUGGAUGUAGGAACGGUCGCGCACAUUGAACCAGGAUAUUUAAAACUGAAGGAAAACCUAUUUCAUUCACCGAAGACCGGGCGGAGGAGGCUCGAGGCUGCAGCAUCAUGAAGCUCGUGUGCUGGAUGGCGUUAGCUCUCCUCCACGGGCAUGCCGCAUCGGCCCAGCAACGUCGCCUGGUAGAUGACGAGGGGUCAACGGACGAGUUCUAUGACGACGAGGAUCUCUUCUCCGGCUCCGGCUCCGGCUUCGAUCCCGACAUGGAGGUGAACCCGACGAGGCUGGAUGCGUCCUUUACCACUCCCGAGCCCCUCCCUCUCUCCACCACCCAGGCAACAGGCAAUGCCCCCUCUGCCCCUCCAGCACCUGAGCCCAGCGGCACCCCAUCCCCCUCCCCUGCUACCGACAGAGCCAGUGGUGCAGAGGAAAAUUUCACCGAGGAGGAGGACACAAAGAGGCAGGAGGAGGAGGAGAGGGCGAGGGAGCAGGAGCUACAGCAGGAGAGAGAGAGGAAGAAGAUGGAGAGGGAGAGAGAGAGGGAGAGAGAGAGGGAAAGGGAGAAAGAGCGAGAAAGGGAGAAGGAGAGGGAGAGAGAGCAGGAGAGGGAACGAGAGAGGGCCAGGGAGAGAGAGAAGGAGAGAGAAAGGGUUAAAGAGCGAGAGAGGGAGAAGGAGAAAGAAAGGGACAGGGAGCAAGAGAGGGAAAGAGAAAGGGGGAGGGACGCAGAGCGAGAGAAAGAGAAGCAGAGGGAGAGAGAAAGGACAACAAUUUCCCUGUGGGCCUCCUCCAUUCCUAUGGUAACCACAAGUCCAGCUCCACCUCCUGCUCCUGAUAUGUUGGCCCCCUCUGGUGGCCCAGAGGAAUUCAGCACCGCCGAGGAGGAGGAGGAGAUUUUCCUCACAGAUGAGCCCAGGCAACCCUUCCCAACAAUCCCCUGGGACAGGGACACCACGACAGAGAACCUUCCCACGGAGGAGGACACGCCCUCGUACAACGACACGAGCACGUUCCCACCAGUCACCACAGAGCCCACGGCCCCGACAGAGGAAGUGGACGACGAUGAAGAAGUAGAAGAAGAAGGAGAAGAAGAAGAAGAAGAAGAAACCAUGCCCCCUCUGCCAGCCACCACUGAAAGUACCACAAGCAUCCCAACCACUUUCACAACUCAGACACAGGCACCUGACAAAGAGGUGAAUAAUGAGGUGGCGCUGGGACCCAGUGACGACUUUGAGAUUCGUGACAACAACAGUCGCCAGGACAACGACCUGGGAACUGACAGGAGCGUGCCGGAGCAAGGGGCCGAGGCUGACCUGUCGGGCAACACGGUGGACACGGUGGGAAGCUCGGCCGCUCAGCUCCCACAGAAAAACAUCCUGGAGCGGAAAGAAGUCCUCAUAGCGGUGAUCGUGGGCGGUGUGGUGGGUGCUCUGUUCGCUGCCUUCCUCGUCAUGCUUCUGGUUUACCGCAUGAAGAAGAAGGAUGAAGGGAGCUACACGCUGGAAGAGCCCAAACAAGCCACUGUCACCUACCACAAGCCUGACAAACAAGAGGAGUUCUACGCAUAACACUCACACACACACACACACACACCACACACACCUGCAUACAUGCACACACAUAUCAACUGAAAAGGUUUACAUAUUACGACUAAUAAGUUCUGUAAUUUAUUCCGUAAGUCUUUUUACUUAGCUACCGUUUUCUCUUCUCGUCUUUCCUCUCAUCUCCUUGUCUGACCCCUCUUCUUGUUCUCGUCUCUGUCCCCCAUAAGAGUUUCUGUCUCCAUAGAGAAUAAAUAUUUUCCAUCGACAAAUACACGCAAACAAAUAGAAAUUGGACAAAUUGGAAGGAGGGUGGGUGGGGAUUGUUAGGAUCAGUUGAAGUCUAGGAGUAUUGUGGAGUAGCUGAGUGUCUGGAGUAGGUCAAUGUUGAAUGACUAUUUUUAAAACAUUAUUUUUUUGUUAUCGCAUGAAAGUAGACAAUACAAACAUGGCAAUACGACAGAAACGCAGACAGCUGAGCAGCGUCUAGAGCACGUGAGGAGAUCAGUCGAGGUGAAAGGUCAAGUGGUGCCUUCCAAUCCUCUGGUGCUAUGAGAGACUUAAGGAGCGGAGAAGUGAGUGUGGGUUAGCUGGUCAGUGUGGUAAGCUCUGGCAGACUUACCUUUUGCUGGUCACGCGUGCAGGUCAACUUAACACUAACCGCCAUCUCGAACAAUCUCUACUGUGUUUCUUUCUCUCUCUCUAUCUCUCUGAAUCUCUCAUUCUUUUCCUCUUUCAGACAUACAAACACACAUAUACAAUGUCUCCCUCUGCUGGUGGGUGGGUGUUAGUGAACCUGGCCUUUUGUAUCAAGACAGAAGCUUAAAGAACGUUUACAUAGGUCCAGGAAUGUUUAUAAAACUGUUCAGUGACACUCAGAAACAGGAGGAUUGAACGGAUCCUCUGCAUUGUACAAAGACAAUUAGCUAUCCAUAGUAAUAGUAUUAAUAAUAAUGAUGAUAAUAAUCAAUAACAAUAUAUCAUGGGUCGUGGGGGAAUGGUGAAUAUUCUAUUUGUAGUGGGUAAAGGGGCUGUAUUAGCUGUAAAAUAAAGUUUAUCUGUAAAUACACAUUGUUCUUUAAUUUAAGCUCAUAAGAUACAUCUCCACGGGCUCAGGUCACACACACAGAACUGCAUGCACACAAACACAUACACAUACACUCACAAGGCAUCUUGAUGCAGCUUCAUGGUUCCUUUUGGUCUUCUUGUGACAUAUCAAUUAUCAGCAAUCGUCAAGAGAUCUCAUUGGGCAUAUCUCUAUAUCAUCAAUAUUGUAUAGCAAAAGUCUGUACUUGCCUGUACCAUUACUGAAUGCUACAGGAAACCCAAACUUUUUUAAGAUGUGUUAUCAAUCUGAUUGGAUAGAUUCUGGAUUUGGAUAUUUGAAUGCAUGUUAGUUAGUUUUGUUUUAUUUUAUUAUUUUUUAUAAUUGUUGGACGUGUUUCAUUUCAAAUUGGAUAUCAAGUGAAUGAGACACUACUUAGCCUUAAGGGAGCACAAGCACAAAAGCACAGGCACAGACACACACACAUACACCACCAGGGCAUGUUUUGUCAGGCUCUGACUAGCUAAACACUCCUUUUCGAUGCUGGUGUAUGUGUGUGUGUAUUUGUGUGAGAUGCCACCUUGGCUGGAAAGUAUCCCACUGCAGCAGGUGUGUCCUCAUAGCAAGUUCAUCCCCAAUCCACACUCAUUAAGUUACACUCUCUGACCUGUAAACGUCUAUUACUGUACAUAUACUCUUCUUUUUUUUACAUACUGCUGACAUGGUCCACCUGUUGGCCCGGGCCCCACUAUGUGCUGUUUGACCUCUGACACACAUGUACACACAGACGUCUGCUUACAGCGGAAUGUCCCGUGCUCACAGACACCCUUGUUUGUAGAAUGUGUGUGUGUGUGUGAAAUUGAAAGACUGGUUUCUAUGAGUCUGUCUUUUUUCUAUGUAAACUUUGGAUGUUUGUACCCUUAACCAAAUAUGAGGCCAAGCAUUACAGUGUUUAUGUUUUUUGAGUGCAUCUGUGUACACAUACACACAUACACACACACACCCACGCGCGCGUGGGUGUGUGUGGAACUGGUAUGGUCGCUCAUUGUGUUUUUAUACAUUAGCAUUUUUAAAGUUGUCUUUUUUUGGUGAGCUUUUGGCUCUCCCCACAUUCACUAACUUGCCACUCUGUUCUCAAUAAAACACCUGAUUAGGUGACCUGAAAAUC